AUGAGGGAAAACUGCGAAAGCCCCCUUAAAGCGGCUUUUGCAUGCCUAUCCAGCAAAUAUCGCACAUUUGACGGCACAUGCAACAACCUGUGCAACAUAACUCAAGGAUCCGCGGAAAGACCACUGGCGCGUUUGGUGCCUUCCGACUAUGAAGGACCUCCCGGAAGUACAGCACCACGAAGUCUGGGAGUUGAUUUUAAGCCACUCACAAAUUGCAGAAAAGUUAGCUUUCAAACUUUGAGGAACAAUGAUACUGCGAAUAGCAACGAUAAUGCUGUAAAUUUUACCCACCUGACAAUGACCUGGGGACAAUUCAUAGAUCACGAUGUCACCUUAACAGAGCUGACUCCAAACGUGGACUGUGGCGUAAAUAAUGCACCAUGUCAACCAAUUCCUGAUUGUGUUAACAUAAAAAUCCCGAAUGGUGAAGAACUUCUCUUCAACCAAAGUGCACAGUGUAUUCCUCUCCCCAGGUCUUUGAGAGACGGUGAGGGUAACCAGGUCAGUAGUAAGAAUAUUUUACUCCUCCAUGUCCAGUUACAUAGGACACACGGAGUAGAUCCUUUUUCUUAUAUCGUUUCUCAGAAUCAGGGUGUGAUCCGGACAGGAGAUGCCUUAAAAACAAGUUGGAGUAGAAUUGAUUGAAAAUAAAAGUUAAGAGCCUGAAAAGGACUGAAAAACACACAGAUCAAAGCCGGAGUUAUUUUCAGAAGAAAUUUACAACAAAUUUAUUCGCAGUUAGUACUUAUAUGAAAAAAAUAUAUUUUUGAAUGACAUUAUUUUGUGUGGGCGACCAAAAAAAGCGCGGGAAAAGUCACAUGACAUUUAGUACAAACAAAAGGAUUCCAGAGCUUGAAAAGACUGAAAAGGUAAACAGAGCGCACAGAAAGCAUCAUAUACGCGUUGGCAUAUAGUAAUGAUUUAUAAUUAUUAAUAUCAUUUUUUCAGAUAAAUAUUAUUACUUCUUAUAUGGAUGGGUCACAAGUGUACGGAUCAAGCGAAGAAGUAGCUCGAAGACUUCGAAGCCCCAAAGGCCACGGACUUCUGGAUGUGGUGCCACUAAGAAACGUUGGAGACCGACCAAGACUUCCGAAUGCUGAUGAAGAAGCUUUCUGUAGAUCUCCUAAUCCAGAAGAAAAACCUUGCUUUCUUGCUGGCGAUAUUCGAGUUAAUGAAAAUCAAGGUAGGAAAGCCUUGGAGUCCUCCUUGACCUUUUGCUAGUAAAAAUCCAGAAAAAAAAUCAAAGAUAACCUUAAUAUCUAACAAAUUUGAAAUAGUAUCGUAUUAAUUUCCUCCCACUAUUAAUAGUUUAUCUAUUUAUUUUUUUAUUUGUUUGUUUAUUUAUUCAUUUGUUGUUGUUGUUUUUUAUGUAUUUCAUUUUUCUCUUUUCUUCCAUAUUCUUUUCAACAACUUCUAAGAAUAAAUAAAAAUGAGGAGAAGAGCAAGAUGUAGUGAAACUAAUAAUAUGCACCUGGCAUGUUUAUUUGAGUGAUGACACCAGAUACACCAGAAACAAUUUGCACUGUAACUUAAGCAAACCUAAGCACGCCAGCGGCGAAGCAGGGAACCGCCAGAAACGAGGGCGUAAUAAUAACGUUGUGGUUUGGAAUGCGCUGGAUGAGAUAAGAACUAGACGGAUUUUAAGAGAAAAGGCGGACUGCAAGCAGUCUAUAAAUUGAUAAAGAUUUUGAACAUCUAUUAACCCUCUGGCAAACGCGUAUGCCAUCCCCUAAUACUAUUAUAAUUAAUAAAUUGUCGACGUUUCGUUCAGAACUCGCCCCUUAGCUGGCAAAUUUUAAGACUAACCUUUGCGUAUUUUUAUUGAUAGCUCUCAUGGCGAUGCACACUUUGUGGGUACGCGAGCACAACCGUAUAGCAACAAACCUGAAAUUACUCCGUCCCUACGCGGAUGACGAGACACUGUUUCAAGAGACGCGUAAGAUUGUAAUAGCAGAACUUCAACAUAUCACCUACAAUGAGUGGCUUCCAGUUUUAUUCGAUGAAAGUUUGGUAAGGACUUUAUUAGGUGAUGUUCCCUACCAUAAUUGGUGUACCAAUAGCUUAUUAAUAGUUUUAGGAGGAAUAUCACAUUUUAAAUGUAUUUGCAGUUAAUUCUUUAGUUUUGCUUCUAGUGUGGACACUUGUUCUAGUUGAGCCUAGUUCAAUUGAUAAAAGUUUCUAAACUGUUUUGCUAUGUAAAACAACAACAAACAGCAGUGGUUAAAUAUCACUGUGAACUUUGAAGGAAUUCAAAGACUGUAGUCAACCAAUAAUUUUAUUAUUAUUAUUAUUUCAUUUUUUCUAUCUUUCUGUUUGAACGUUUGGCCCAACGUUUACAUGUGCUUAACAUUAAGUACUAGAUAAAAUAAUAUAUAGAUUUAGCCAGGGCUAAAAGCGAAGCCUCCGUUUUAUAAACUUAUAAUGUAAUAAACUCUAAGCCACUAAAAAGAAUCCUCCUUUCAUGGGACGGCCUUCAUCGUUGCUAAAGCUCCCUGAUAUAAAAGAAACCUCGCCGACUUUUGUGUUCGCCAUAAGUUUAUUAUGUUUUCUUUCUAUCGGCUCCGGAAUGGAACAGUUAUGUGGAAUUUUUUUUGAAAAGCGUGACUAAGCUAAACACGCAUCCUUAAAACUAUAUUUUCAAAAGCUUUUCGUCGUAAGUCAAACAAGCGAAAUUCAAUAUCGUUACUGGAAAAAUUUCAUUGCCUGCCGCUAUGAGAACGGCUUAACGUUUCUCCAAAACAAAUACAAGAUGCAUGUCUUGGAUUCCCCGUCCCCUCCCUUUACAGAAUCUACUUAGUCCCUCCCUGCCAGUCCCUAUUGGUUGUCGGUCGUACGCUGACGUUAUAAUCAAAUUUUCUCGCAUCGAUUGGUUUCCAUCAUUCUACAGCAAUGAAGGCUUCGCCGAGCGCACUUCGCACGCGGAGGCUUCGCUAUGAGCGUGAGGUCUUUAUGGGCCAGUUUACGAUGGCAAGUCAAAAAAGAACCACUGUAAAACCCAUACAGAUCGGACGUGAAUAUCUUAUAAAACUUGUGAAAUGAAACAGUUAGUAGAUAGAUCUGUGUCAAAAACUAGAGAAUACUAAUUAGCUGAGCUGGAGUUUGAAUCAAAAGUUAAUUCUACCGUUAAAAAAUUCACCAACCUAAUUGAUUUGUAUUAGGGUUUACAGAGGUGUACAUGUGACUCACAUACUACAUAUAAAAAUUAAUUGGUUAUGACUUUGAUGGAUAAUUAAUGAAUGUUACAAUUGGGGUUAAAGAGAAUAUAAAUUGUAUGCGUAGACCAUGAAUUUGUCCUCUAAUAUUUGAACUUAACCAACUACGUACAUCGCUGGCCGUACCCUGCGAGCAGAGGCCCUUCGAUCUUCCUAGAUAAGUCGGUCCCUUCCUCUUCCCGACUUAUCUAGGAAGAUCGAAGGGCCUCUGCUCGCAGGAUACGCUGGCCGGGGAGCGCAUUUACAUUUAAUGCACCAUCCUUAACACAUUUAAUACAACAAAGCGCAUCUAAAAAAUAUUCUUACAUAUUUAUUUCAGAGAAAUGAAUCUGGGGUUCUUCUAAAUCCUAAAGGAACAUUCUUCACCGGAUAUGACCCCAAUGUGAAUCCGGAAUGCAAAAACGUUUUCUCUACAGCUGCUCUGAGAAUGGGUCACAGUCUGAUUCGUCCUACUUUUACGCUGAGGACAGGAGACGGCUUUUUUAGACGGUUUGGAGGGCGUGAUAGAACCAUUAGACCGUUUUUAGAACAGAUUGAGCCUCGUGUCGACUUUUUUAACCCAGUAAGAUUCUUCAAUAAAGGAGAACUCAGCUUUUUAUCAAGAAUCUUGAUUGGGCUGACUGCAGUACAAGCUCGGGCUAUUGACAAGUAAGAAUAGGACCCAUAUAUCUUAACGUUAAUUAGAGUGGGCUUGUUUUAGACAUCUACGUAGGGGGGGGGGGGGGGGGGGGGGGGGGGGGGGGGGAGGUUGGUAAAGAGUGUAUGACAUACUCUUGCAUUUUAUUAAUCAUAUAAAUGUAAAAAGAGAAUGACAUUAUUUUUUUUUGAAGAAUAGUUUGGUUUCGCAGACAAUAAUAAUGUGUGGGUUAAAAAAAAAAAAAUAAUUACAUUAUUAUUUUUUUAUUGUUGUUGGGGGGUUGUUUUGUUGGGUGUGGGGGGGGGGGGGGGGGGGGUUUUGGGGAAGUGUGGCUACUGUCCACUAGGGAGAGUGUUUUUGUGUGAACGAUCUUCCCAUAGUUGAAGUUGUCUCCAGGAAAUUUCUAUGGAUAGGUAAAAAAAAAAGAACUACAGAAUUGCCCAUGAAAAAUCCAUGGGUCAACAAGAACCCAAAGCAGCUCAGCCAAUCAAGAGGCAGAGAGAUAUGCAGAGCACUAGAAGUCACGUGCUGUUCACGUGCCGUGUUCCUCUCUGUGCCAAAGCCUAACUGCACCGCAAUACACUUUUAAAACGUUUGACACUCACUGCGGGAUUUCGAGCACUAGUGUUAAUGUUUUUACUCUUAAUAAUUAUUCAAAAUCACCUCCAGACACUUUGAUGCUUUCGUUGCAUCAGUAGUAGAGAAUUCUUUCCUUAGAAAAAAGUUGGAACCAGCUUUGGUGAUUGGUACGUUGGCUGGCGAGCGACAAUCUGACAUGCCGGUUCUAAAUAAAAGAAAAGAAAAGCUUCAAUGGCACUGGAAAACGCGUGAAUGAAGUCAACGCCUUCUUUGUUGUCGUCUCAAAAUUAAGCGCUGAAUCACUGUCGCUAAACGUACCUGAUAUGGAGGUUUUAUUAAGAGUGAAAAAAAAAACGGUAGAAAAGGACGUUAAACCGCGAAAUCGUGUUUAAGUUGUUUUCCCCUUGGGCAUUACAAGUUAUCAGCGUGUAACCGCAAACACGAUAUUUAUUAGAACCCAAAGCUCAGGGGAAAUAGGUUUAGUGUAACCCUAUUCAGAAUGGGCCUUUCUGUUUUGCUUCCUGCGACCGGGAGGCCCCCUCUAUAACUUCAAAACCGCUCAUGAUACGGCCGCCAAAUUACACGGAAUAAUGAACUCAUUUCGAAUUGAUGAAAUAUAUUCCAUUUUCCUUAAAAACCCGUAUAAAUCGAGGUAGUCGUUACAGAAAAAUUGAUCUGUGUAUAAAAGAAUGUUUAGAAAGCAAAAAAAAUCCGCAAGUUAUGAAAUUCCGAGAGAAAUUAUCUCUGUUAAAAAUUAGACCCAGAAUCUGCCAUUUGGUCACUCAUGUUUUUUCUCAAAUCAAUCACUGAAAAGACUGGAUUACAAUAUCAGUUAUAAUGAAUUUAAUGAAAUAUUGCUAAAUUAACCGUAAUUCUAAAACCCAAUUAGUAAAGAUAAAAAUAAAUCCUUUUUGUAGGAAAAAAGCAAAUUUGAAAAACAUGGCUGUCAAAACUCGGUUGCCGUGGUAAUGUCAAUGUUGACGUAAGCGUCGAGAUGACUUUACUAAAUAAAAUGUCUCCUGAUAAUUUUUAGGAAAAGUCGCUAAGUUUGGUGAUCGUACCUUGAACGGCUUUGAAGCUAUUUAACUUUUUAGGGAGGGGUGGCUGAGUCUGAAUAGCGUUAACCGCACCUGUUAUCAAAGGUAAAGUCAGUCAGUUUCACUAUGUUUUGAUGUCCCAAUCGAAGUAAUCGCGCCAAUUACACUGUCUUCUGCUAUACUCUUAUCCUGUUAUCCUACCAAAAUUUUAAAGCCCAGUGCUGGUCAAAUUGUUAUAAGAACGCCACAUUCAUCUCUCGUUAAAAAGGGGGAGCUUGAUAAAAAGGGGGACUGGGACUUAAUAGAGAGAGCUAGAGGUAUUUCUAUCUGUGUUCUUAUUGUCAUAAUAUCACUGCCAUUUUCGUCAGUGCGACAUUCUUUUCAGCCUUCAGCCUUGUUGGUCGAGGGACAAUAAGCAUUGGUCAAGAUUUUUUUCUUAAGUCUUUUGCUUUUCUUUUCUUUUCUUUCUUUCUUGCUUCUUUUUUUAUUUUUAUUUCCCCCUUUUCCAUAGAUUUUAAGCCACUUAUAGAGUCGUAUUCCUUUUAUAGGUUCUUUUCUAACAUCGUACGCGAGCAACUCAUCAUCGAAGGACCAACCCCUGAUGGUAUUGUUGGUGAUCUUCCUGCCAUAAAUUGUCAGCGUGCUCGGGAUCAUGGCUUACCGGGCUACACCGAGUACCGAGAGGCACUAGGUUUAGGACGAGUCACUCGGUUUACAGAUCUUUUGGACACUUUCUCCCAAAACCAGAUUAAAAAAUUUCAGCUGGUAUACAAAAAUGUCAGAGAUAUUGAUAUAUUUAUGGGCGGCAUAACAGAGUAUCCCGCUCCAGGAAGUCGGCUGGGCAGCGUGUUUACAGCGAUUUUACUAAAGCAGUUUUCUGCGUUCCGCCAUGGUGACCGAUUUUGGUAUGAGAGAGAUGACCACCAGACAGGGUUUACAAUCACUCAGUUGGACGAGAUAAGAAAAUCUUCCAUGGCCAGGAUUUUGUGUGACAAUCUCGACGGCGUGACCUUCACUCACGAAAGGGUUUUCGAGAAUAGAUUUGGGCAAAGAAGGAGGGCCUGUUCAGACUUGGAUUACGUAAACUUGAAAGAAUUCAGUCAAGGUAAUGUUUGCUUUUGCUAA